AUGUUUACUUGUCAAAUAUUUUAUAGCUUUUCAUUGCAGCAAUAAUAUGUACCGCAGUUAGAUAAGACAAAGCGAUAACUUCCAAUAUAGGUACGAGGAAAAUGCGAUAAUCGCUAUCAUACGUAUUGUGUUAAUGAUACUACGAGAGUCCUUAUCAUCAGGAGUUCAGUGGUUACGUGUCUGCAUACCUGACAACACACAAUAUGGCUGAAUAUCGAGCUGGAAAAGCUGGCAUCAACGCUGACGCCCAAGCCCGCAUCAACAGUAAGUACAACGAUGAUAUUGGGCACGAAAUACUUGAGUGGAUCAAAGUUCUCACCGGCGAACCGGCCAAUACAUCUGGCACUGCGGACAACAUCUACGAAGUACUUAAAGACGGCACCCUUCUUUGCAAACUCGUCAACGCUAUACAAGAGGACUCGGUAAAGAAAAUCAACCAGUCCACUAUGGCAUUCAAAUGCAUGGAGAACAUCAAUGCUUUUUUGGAAGCCGCCAAGAAAUUGGGCGUCCCUCCGCAAGAAACUUUCCAAACUAUCGAUCUUUGGGAGAAACAAAAUCUGUACUCUGUUUUAAUAUGCCUACAGUCUUUAGGUAGAAAAGCUGGCAACUACGGCAAACCUUCGAUUGGACCUAAAGAAGCUGAUAAGAACGUCAGACAAUUUUCCGAAGAACAAUUAAAAUCUGGCCAAAAUGUCAUAUCUCUGCAAUAUGGAACCAACAAAGGCCAGCAAACAGGCAUUUCUUUUGGUAAUAGACGUCAAAUUUGAUUAAUUUGUAGUGUGUUAUUUUUUUAUGCAAUAAAUGUUCUUUUUUUUUCAAUUUUGU